AUGGCGUCAAAUCAGAGCCUGGCGCAACGUGAUGGAGGAGGAAAUCUGGCAGCACUUCUGCUUGGAAGCAGCACCAGGGCUGUGCGAAGCAUUGGGAUAUGGCGCAGCUUGGAUACUGGAAGAACCACCCGUUCUUCUGUGCUGAAGAGAGACCAAGUUCAGAGUGAACUGGAUACGCUGAAACGAAGGAGGAAGGGCAUCGAGGCUGCUCUGGAAAAGGCUGGCAUACCUGCAUGCCUAAGCUCGCAGCAUGGAAAGUGGCCGGACUCAGACGUUGUUGACAAAUACAUUCUGGACGAGAGCAUGACGGUCGAUGAGGUCAUCCAGAGCCAGCAGGAACAUAUGCUGGGAGGGGCGGCAAGGAGACCCGGCCCAAGAACGAGAGGCGAAGCAAAGAGCACGGCAAAGAGAGAGGGUCAAAGGUAGGGCAU